AUGCGCUGUUCCAGUGGUUCAUCGCUUGCACUGGAAAAUGCGAUACGUAUUGUUGGUGGUAUUGGUACAUCGUUGGUUGAUGUAAAGGAUGUCCCGCAGCUUGCAUUCAGCAUUUUUCAACAAGCAUUUUCGGAAACAUCCACGCAUCACGAUCUCAUCGUAGCCGAACUGGCCAAUAUGUGGAUUGCUGGCGCGCGCGAAAUAUAUGAUUUAAUUUGGUUGUUGUUCACGAAAAUAACAAUCGAGUCGAGCAGCCGUGCCUACGCCUCCGACAUGACCGACAGCGCCGAACAUCGAUACGCGCAUCUUUCUUUGGCAGUUGACAACGCGAUGGCAAAGAUGGCCGAGAAUGUGAGGGAUGAUGAGGACAAAAUGACACUGUUGUAUCGUCUGCUGGAACUGUUCGUGCAGCUAGGACAUGAAGGCAGAAAAGCUGGUGAAAAGUCAGCAAAAGUCAUGAAAGUUUCGACUGGAGCAGGCAAUUUGGGUGUUUUGAUACCAAAAAUUGCUUCGCUGUUGCGUCGAUCUACGACCAUACAUAGUCCACCUGUGCGACUGAGGAAUUUGUUUCGUGACUUCUGGUUUUAUUGCACUGUGCUUGGCUUCAACGUUGCCCGAAUAGGUCUAUGGCCGGAGGAGUGGUACGAAGCGGCUUGUGAAAUCGCCUGUAAAUCGCCUGUGCUAACACCCCAGGAAAGUCUGCGCGCCGAGCUGAUCGCAAAUACAACAAUUAAAAGUGAUGAUAUUUCAUUGGUUUGUUUUGCAUUUUUAAAACUUCAGAAUGUGAUUAGCAGAUAA